UUAAAGGGACUGGAAUGACUCAUCGCCUUUCAUCGAGGGCUGUUUAAGCUGCUUAGCCAGCUUAAUGCAAACAUUGCUCCUGCCUUCUCUCUUCAGGGAUUUUUUUUUAAAUUUUUUUUUGUCUUCAGGAGAUUUUAGAAUGUUGUUAGAAAGAAUAAAAAAGAUCAAAAGCAUUGAAAAAGCUCAAAUUUUUACCAAAAAAUACCCAUGUGGAAGCUAAAUCAUUUCUUAUCAGGUGAUGAUGAGGAGAGAGAAGAGAGUUUCUUGGAAGAAGAAUCAGAUGGCCUUUGUUCACUUUCUCCUACGCAGAGAAUGUAUGCAUUUGCUGCUUCUUUGGUCGCUGGUUUGGCUCUUAUGUUUCUGUCCUUGAUUGUGUUUGCGAAGCCCAUUAAAUAUGCGUUAUUGUUCACCUUUGGCAAUGUGUUGGCAGUUGGAAGCACAGCCUUCCUCAUUGGACCUGGGCGACAACUAGGCAUGAUGUUUGACCCUGUCCGAAUUUAUGCAACAGCUAUAUACAUCGGAUGCGUUGUUCUGGCUCUCAUUUGUGCACUCUUGAUCCAUAGCAAGAUUUUAACAGUGUUUGCCAUCAUAUUCGAGAUUUGUGCCCUUAUCUGGUACAGCCUGAGCUCUAUUCCUUUCGCUCGGAGAAUGGUGUCUAAUUUGAUGAUCCGAUUAUGCGACACUGAGUUAUAGCUAGUGCAAAGUCAAGGAGAGUGAUAAACCGAGAGAUUCUUGAAGCCUUGGCUGACGGCAGUUUUCUUGUUUUUUCAUCUAUGUGUUGGUUCUCAAGGAUUUUUUGUCAAUAUUUUUAAGAAAAUUAUAUACAUCCUAGACCUAGUAAAGAGUAAAGACUGAAAA